GUGAAGCUGAUCUCAGAGAGCUGCUCUCUCUCAGUCUGAGGGCAGGAAAAUGGCCAGUAUUUCAGUAGAUCAGGACCAGUUCAGCUGUCCAGUCUGUCUGGAUCUGCUGAAGGAUCCAGUGGCUAUUCCCUGUGGUCACAGUUACUGUAUGGUGUGUAUUAGUGGACACUGGGAUCAGGAGGAUCAGAGGGGGGUCUACAGCUGCCCCCAGUGCAGAGAGACUUUCACUCUGAAGCCUGUUCUACGCAGAAACAACAUGCUGGCUGAAGUGGUGGAGAAACUGAAGAAGACAGAACUCCGAGCUUCUCCUGCUCACUGGUACGCUGGACCUGGAGAUGUGGACUGUGAUUUCUGCACUGGGAGAAAACUCAAAGCCAUCAAGUCCUGUCUGACGUGUUUGGCCUCCUUUUGUGAAACUCAUCUCAAGCCUCACUACGAAGUUCCUUCCUGGGAAAACCACAAGCUGGUCAAAGCUUCCACGCGACUACGAGAGAAGAUCUGCUCUCAGCACGACAAACUGAUCGAGAUCUACUGUCGUACUGACCAAACAUGCAUCUGUUACUUGUGCAUGUUGGAUCAACACAAAGGCCACGAUUCAGUCUCAGCUGUAGCAGAAAGAACCGAGAAACAGAGUCAGUUAAAGGAGAUGCAGAGUGAAUCCCAGCAGAGAAUCCAGGAGAAAGAGAAGAAGCUGCAGGAGCUGAAACAGGCUGUGAACACUAUUAAGAGCUCUGCACAGACAGCAGUGGAGGACAGUGAGAGGAUCUUCACUGAGCUGAUCUGCUCCAUUGAGAAAAAGCGCUCUGAGGUAACAGAGCUGAUCAGAGCUCAGGAGAAGACUGAACUGAGUGGAGCUGAAGAGCUCAUUGAACAGCUGGAGCAGGAGAUCGCUGAUCUAAAGACGAGAGACACUGAGCUGGAGCAGCUUUCACACACAGAGGAUCACAUCCAUUUCCUCCAGAGUCUCCAGUCUCUUUGUGUCUCUUCUGGAUCUGAAGACUCACCCAACAUCACUAUCAGUCAACAUCCCUCAUUUGAUAAAGUGAGCAAAUCUCUGUGUGACCUGAAGAAGCAACUGGAGGAAUUCUGUGAAGAGACGUUCAACAGAAUCUCUCCACAUGCUGCAGCAGUUCAGAUCUUACUCUCAGAACCACAAACUAGAGAAGACUUUCUACAGUAUUACUGUCCACUGACCUUGGAUCUCAACACAGCACAUCAUCACCUCAUUCUGUCUGAGGAGAACAGAGUGGUGAGAUACAGUAAGCAUGUCCAGCCGUACUCCAACCAUCCAGAGAGAUUUAACCACUGGUGGCAGGUUCUGAGUAAGGAGAGCGUGAGCGGACGCUGUUACUGGGAGGUUGAGUGGAGCAGUGAAGUUUCGGGAUGUGUGUACUUAUCUGUGUCAUAUAAAGGGAUCAGCAGGAAAGGACGAGGUAAUGACAGUAAGUUUGGACGCAACAGUCAGUCCUGGAGUCUUCGCUGUGGUUCUACUCUCUCUUUCUGGCACAACAGCACUGAGACUAAGAUCUCAGCCCCAUCCUCCUCCAGAAUAGGAGUGUAUGUGGAUCACAGUGCAGGAACUCUGUCCUUCUACAGCGUCUCUGACACCAUGACCCUCCUACACACAGUCCACACCACCUUCACUCAGCCUCUCUAUGCUGGAUUCUGGCUUGCUUCUUUUGUAUGCAGCGUGACUUUAUGCCAUUCAGAGUGACUUUUAAACUUUAAAUCCAUACCACUUUUUCUGUCCAUCAGAGGACAAUGUCAAGAUGGAUUUUGAUGAAAUGUUGUUGUACAUUCUCUCCACAAAAUAAAAAAUAAAAGAUUCAUCCUGUG